AAAAAAUACCAAGCUAACAAGGCAACGAUCGCAGCCGCAAAGAAGCGGUACUACAACAUGAAUCGUGAAAAGAUACUCACUCGUCAGAAGGAAUACGAUGAGAAGAAUCGUGAGAAGAUUCUUGCUCGUCAGAGACUGUACUAUGCUAGGCGUGCGGGCAAGAUCGCGCUCGACUAA